AUGGACAGUGGUGGAGUAAGAAGAGAUGAUCAUCUGAGCAAAUUGGUCUACUGUGAAAGCCCAGAGGGAGGUCUGUUGAUAGUGGCUCCUCACAGUGCCAUGUCCAUCACCUCUGCCACAUCAGUCGCUCUUCCAUCCAGCUCGUUGAUGCAGCCAGGAAAGGUACCGAACGGCCUCAGCUACAGCCCCCUUCCAGAGGAACUCGCCUACAUCACAGCCUCCGUCGGCCCCUUGUUGGAAGACCAAGAGUCCAGGUUUCUGGCCAAAGACCAGAAGCUUCAGCAGCAGCAGUUACUCCAGUCGCAGGCUUCUACUGCGUUCGGUCGUCAGACUUUGAGGGACAAUUUGCCCCAGUUGGAGGCAAGUAUAGCAGACAUUUCAGAGUCCUGCAUGGAUUCACUGAUUGGGGGAUCAGAUCCCAAUUUCUUCCACAUGAAAACAGAAGAUUUCUCCAUGGAUAAAGGAGACCAGGAUCCCAUUGACCUUGAUAAUGCCUUUGAUCACAUUGGGAAAGAUGUGGACGUGAACCAGAAAUUUUUCAGUGACAACACUUUGGACCUGCUCCAAGACUUCGAGCUCUCUGGGUCCCCGUCAGAUUUUUAUGUAGGGGAUGAUGCCUUCUUGUCCACUCUGGGGGAUGAUUCUCUGCUUGGGGACGUUAGCGCAGAAAGGGACAUAAAGCCUGUUGUGGUUGAGAGCGUCAACAGCAGAGGGACGAUCUCUGUCGCUCUCAAUGGCGGCAAUAUGACGAGUCCAGAACAGUCCAGCACUAGCAUAUGCACAACCGCCUCCUUUGUUCCUACAACCACUUUGUCUGCAUUGGUGAAAAAAGAAAAAGAGGCUGGCUUCAUUCAGCUCUGCACCCAAGGUGUGAUCAAACAGGAGAAGACGUCUGCAGGCCAGAGUUAUUGCCAAAUGAGUGGCACAUCCAACACGGACAUGCCCAGCUCUAACCCCAUCUCCAUCCGUGGGGUCAGCACUUCCGGAGGACCGAGCUACCACUUUGGAAUCAACACCAGCAGCAAUGAUGCUGAGCAGCAGAAGGAUCAGAAGCUAGUGUCCAGCCUGUAUCUCCCACUGACUACCAUUGGCCGGGCCUGGAACAGAAGCCAAGGUGUCGGGGACAACUCUGCGAUGCUCAGGGCCAACGAGGCUUUCUCAGCCUCUCCCUCUUACCCCACCAGCUUUGCUAGUUCUACCUCCAGACAGGAAGCGAUCACUGCAUCCUCAACACAGGGAAAGAGCGGGACUCGUAAAAUCUGCCUGGUGUGCUCAGACGAGGCUUCAGGCUGCCACUACGGCGUUCUCACCUGUGGAAGCUGCAAGGUCUUCUUCAAGAGAGCAGUGGAAGGGCAGCAUAAUUACCUGUGUGCUGGGAGGAACGACUGCAUAAUAGACAAGAUCAGGAGGAAGAACUGCCCGGCCUGCCGCUUCCGCAAGUGUCUGAUGGCUGGCAUGAACCUGGAAGCGCGCAAAGCCAAGAGGAAGAUGAUGAACCGCGACAAGAAGGAGCUGACCCCUUCUCCACCGAUUGAGACUCGCUCCCUUUUACCCAAGUGCAUGCCUCAACUCAUUCCCACCAUGCUGUCCCUGCUGAAGGCCAUCGAGCCGGACACCAUCUACGCUGGCUACGACAGCACGCUGCCUGACACCUCCACCCGCCUCAUGACCACGCUCAACAGGCUGGGCGGCAGGCAGGUCAUCUCCGCCGUCAAGUGGGCCAAGGCUCUGCCAGGUUUCAGGAACCUGCACCUGGACGACCAGAUGACUCUGCUGCAGUGCUCCUGGCUCUUCCUCAUGUCUUUCGGUCUGGGCUGGAGAUCUUACCAGCAGUGCAACGGCAACAUGCUCUGCUUCGCACCAGACCUGGUCAUCAACGAGGAGCGGAUGAAGCUGCCCUACAUGGCCGACCAGUGCGAACAGAUGCUGAAGAUCUCCAGCGAGUUCGUCCGGCUGCAGGUUUCCCACGACGAGUAUUUGUGCAUGAAGGUCCUUCUGCUGCUCAGCACAGUGCCAAAGGACGGCCUGAAGAGCCAGGCGGUGUUCGACGAUAUUCGGAUGUCGUACAUUAAGGAGCUGGGGAAAGCCAUAGUGAAGCGCGAGGAGAACUCCAGCCAGAACUGGCAGCGUUUCUAUCAGCUGACCAAGCUGCUCGACUCCAUGCAUGAGAUGGUCGGUGGACUGCUCAGCUUCUGCUUCUACACCUUUGUGAAUAAAUCCCUGAGUGUGGAGUUCCCGGAGAUGCUCGCGGAGAUCAUCAGCAACCAGUUACCAAAAUUCAAGGCUGGGAGCGUGAAACCCCUCCUCUUCCACCAGAGAUGACUGAGCCCCGUAACAGACACAAUGCCUUAAAAUCUCACCACAUCACCUCACCAAUCCCUCCCAACCCCCA